UCAGCUGUUGUCUGUUGUGGCUGUUUUUAAAUUCCGCACUUCCGCAGAUUAUUCCUAUUGUUCAAUUUGUUCCCUCUUUUUCCUGUUAUUUCUGCUAUUUCUGCGUUUCAGCUAUUUUGAGCUGAGAUGGAAAAAAAGAGAAACAAGUGAAUUCGCGGUAUUUAACGAAUUGCCAAGUAAGACGAAUAUUUCAAUCUAUUCUCGUCUCAUUGAGCUCAUUACGAUCUUCGCGAUAAGUUAUGAUCAUAUCAUCAUGGUUCAAAGUCCAACUUUUCAUUUUGUUGAUAAAAUGCUCGUUGCGUCCGGCAGGAAUUAAUUAAUUGAUAAUUUUUUCCAACAGUGUGGUACUGUAUUUGUUAUACCGGCAGUGGUGCAUUUGCUCUGAAAAUAUGGAAAAAUCCAAGAAGGAACAGCCAAAUGCUAAAGGGAAAACUACCGGAGAGAAAGAGACGAUAGUAACGGAGGCAAUUGGUUUGUUGGCUACACAAGCCCAGAAAACAUUACAACAAGAACUUCAAAAAGCUCAAGAAAGUCCUGAUCCACCAUUUUUCCUAAGGAAGAAGUCGCUGUCGAAAAAUGAUAAAACGGAAGAGGACUUGGAAAAAGAUAGAGUUGAGCUGCAAAAUUUUGCUUUUGUAUUAGCCGAGACGAUGGCUCAUUUACUCAAACAAGCCGAACGAAGUUUGUUGGAAAAACUGAAGAAAGCUCAGACUGAUCGGAAAAACUCAGGUACAGUCAAUGAUUCCAAACAACGAGAAGAUGAAGUGCGAAACUUCUCGAAAGUAUUUGCGGAGACAAGAACCAAACUUGUAGAAAAGGUGAAAGAAUUGGUCAAAGAAUUACGUAAAGGUGACGGUGGAGAGGAAGAAAAUUUGCCGAACAGAUCAGAAAAUAUUUUUAGCACUAUAGGUGUAGAUUUUCCGAGUAAAACUCUGACGAAACGACCUGCUUCAAGCACGUCUUACGAUUCGAAGCGUGAUAUUGCUAAAAAGCCUCGUAUUUCGGCGACUAAACCCAAGGCAGCUAAGAAAACAAAACCUUCGCAUGAAGACGUAUGCUACAUUUGCGGAAAAGGAGGUCACUGGGCAUAUCAGUGUACUAAACCUGAUGAUAGAAUGUGCUACUGUUGUAACAAAACGGGCCAUAUAUCGAAGGAGUGUCCCGUACUUGACACAUGUAGAUUUUGCUCUAUUUGCAAAAAAGAGGGCCACGUAGCGGCUGAUUGCAAAGGCAAAGGAAAAGGCAAAAGAAGGAGGCGGGGGGGUAGACGUACGCGAAAUCGUAGAUCUUACUCACGUGAGAGUUCUAGCUCUCGUGAUCGUGAGCGAUCUUACUCCAGCGAAACAUCUGAAACAUCUUCUUACUCGAGGUAGAGUUUGCAUCACCAUGAUGUUUCAGAUCGUUCGUACGUACGUUAGCAUUGAAGAUUUAGAGAGUUAGGUAUGCGAAGCUAAGUCGAUUAUUUUUAAUUUUUUAAUUCUAUGCUAGUGUGCUUGAAUGUGAUAUAUUACCUACCUACGUGAUAAAUUUUUAAUUUGUCAUUACGAUGUUUCCUGUUACAAUUUUGUUUUAUUAUUAUUAACUAUAAGAAAAGUUUAAAUUGGUUUUUGUUGAAAAAUACGCUUUUGUUAUGGUACCUAGACCUACCUACUAAGUGAUCGCCAUACCGAUGACGAUGAUACUUUUGAUCUCUGUAUCAUAAUGUUGUGAUGUUAACUCAUACUCAUUUUUUAUAAACUGUUACUCAGGAAAUAAACUUGUUUUAAUAAUUUAAA